UCUGUUUUGUCCUAUUUUGUCCUCUGUUGCACAGGGGGCGGUGGACUGUUGAGAAACGUUCUUUGGUCGACCGGCACAGCAGCUUCCUUGCAGCGUGUCUUUUUAUUUUGUCUUGCCUUCCCUAGUGUCUGUGUUGGUGUUUCACACUUCUUCCACCGUUGUACUUUAAAAGUUCCAGCAGCUCUGCGGCUAGGGGCGUCUUCUCGAGUCCGCCGGGCUUCGCUGCGGCGACACGAGAUGCCGCGCAAGCAAGACAAAGCAAAAACAGUAAAUGCACUCAAAGUGUCGGCCGUGAAGAGCAAAUUCGAACGAGGGACUCGUGAUAAAAAACCUUGAAGAUCGAAUCAGGAGUCGAACGCGCAGUAUGGACUCCCCCGACACCACAGAGCACGAGAGUGGCGCACAAAGAUUUCGAAAUUUGAGUCCACAGCCCAGCUCGCGGUCUGUACUCCAGAUAAAGAAAGUGGGUUUUGAUUAGGAUGGCUUUCAACAGCGUAGUGGAGAGACAAUCCACCAGGUUUGUUCACGGGAAGCAAGAGAGCACGGCAUUGAAGCCCCUCCACAUCGGUGGCGUUGUCGGCAGAUUAAUCGCGCUUUUUAUGCGGCAGGCAUUUCGCGUCCGCCACUAACAUAUGGGGUUAAGAAAAACUGUUGAGUGAACGUAUCCCUGCGAGAGUCUGUCACCCUUCCAGAACGAGGGUGCUGAUCCUCGACUGGCGUCUGUGUCACAGUUCUCUUAGGAGGCUUGCAGGUUUCUGCCCUCGAUGAGGCUUCCCAGUUGAAACUCUUCCGCCCUCUUCAGUACUCCCUGAGGAACUCAAAUUUGUGAAUGUCUGAGCGGCAUCUCCUUCGCCUGGAAAAAUGUCGCUAACGGAGAAACUCCUGCACUGUCGCAGCCGAUGUGAAGAAGGCGAAACGGCCGGUUGAGGAAAAUCCUGCACUGCUCGCUGUCAUGAGUGGGUGCACAGGUCGUCGUCUGUCUUCCCCAGAUCGAGCCGUUUGACAGAGAGAGCUAGGGUUGCCUCCUCACAACGUGAGAGCCGACGGCGUACCUUUGGCGGUGUUGUUUUUUUGGACUGUUUUGCUGCUCGAGUACACUCUUUUUUUGUGAGGGGAGCACACCGAUGCACACAUGGCAGAGACCAGUGGUAACGAGGCGACAUCCUCUGUCUUUGUUUCGGGAGUGGAAGCUGCAGCUUCUUCUGGCGCUACGACUUUGGCUGCCGCAUCCAGAGAUCGUUUUCUCUCGGAAAAGCGAGGCCGCGGCCGCAGAGGAGUAGUCCGGAAUCCUACCUCCAACGCCGCGGCGUUCACUCGGAGGUCUUCCGCGGGGCACGGAAACAAGCUCACGCAGAAAGCCGACGUCUGUCUCUAGCUCGCGAACCGCUGCAGCAGCGGGGGAUGACGUCCGAGGCAACACAAAUCCAAGGCAACCGGAGCGACGUGUAGAAAGAAGAACUCAGUUGAUGAUCACACAGGGCCUCUCCGCACCCGGCGUCGACUGCGCUAGUUCUUUGGGGUGCAUGCACCAGAGAGCACGAGUCAACGCCGCGCUGGGGGGGCGCGAGGGGAACACUCAGUGGCGCGUUUCCUGUUGGAGAACUCCAAGUUUCUUCUCUCUGCAUCCGUUCGAGGGAGUUGGGCUCUACCCUCUUCUUUUUCCUCGCGUUUCUUCCCCUCUGCAUGCGCCUUUGCGCGGCUCCGCCUUCUGCACUCUGACACCCCUGGCCCCGCGAUUUGUGCCUGUCUUUUCGUCUGGCACAUCGACGCCGAGAUCUUUCUUGAAACGCCUUUUUCGACAGAGCUUGCGCGAGUCUUCUUUCUCGUCUUCCUCUUCGUUCUCUCCUUUCUCUUCUCGCUCGCCUUUCCGUCGGUUCUCGCGGUGUGCGCCUCGCCUCUCUCUGCCUUCCAGCUCGCUCUGUGCCUCUGUGCACCCUUCUCUCCUCGACGUCCAGAAACGACGACGUCCUGCGGUGAACAGGCAAACUUUUGGACGCUUUUCUGAAUCUCACCUUUCAAGCGAGAGCGAAUUCAUCCGCGCGAGAGAGGACGCGCCCGGAGAGUCGCAGCUGCGCUCUUUUCUCCGCCGCGCUUGUCGUCGUCACCGUCCUCUUCUCUCGGGGUAACAGCCUACUCCGAGUGGCGUCGUGCGAUCGUCUCUCUUCGCUCUUGUCUCCUCGAUCCUUCUUCCAAAAACUGUCGCCUUUGUCUCCGUCUCCUCUCGGCCAACUCUCCGCCCGGUGCUCCUGUUGCGUCUUCUCCCGUCUAGUCUUCGAGAGAGCUGCUCUUCUCUGCCUCCUCCUGUCUCGAGUUCUCCUUCCCUUCGUCUUACCUCGUUCCUUCAUUCAGCGGGCAGAGCACAAUCGACGUCUACCGCUCCUCUCCUCCCCUCCCUUACUCCCAACGGAGGAAGCGUGCCGUGAAGCUUGCAUCCGUUUCCUCUCGCCCCGACACACUUCUGCUCGUCUUCCUCGCCUUUUUCUUUCUGUUUCGAACGAACGCGAUUCUCGCUUGAUUCUCGCUGGUCCUCUUCGCCUCUGGCCUUCCUCUCGUCCUCUUCUCUGCAUCCCAUGGAUCUGACAGGAGAAGAAUCGGGAAGCCCCGCAGAGCUCCCGCGGGAGAGAAAAGGCGGCGAGUUUGCGCAUCCAGAUGAAGGACCUUGCUACGACACAGACGAGGAGCACAACGACUCGAGCCGCGGCGCCGCCCACUCGGAAAAAGGAGAGUCUCCGGAGACGCCUCUCGCGCAGGCCGCCGCCGAAGAAGAGAGAGAAGAGCGGAGAGAAGAAGAGAGAGAAGAAGAGAGAGAAGAAGAGAUGGAGGAGCGCGGCGACGCCCGCAGCGUGCAGGGUGAAGAGGACGGCGUUUCAUGUUCCGCGUCGAACGCAGAUUUGCUGAGGGACGAUGGUGAGGGAGGAGAAGAGACGAUGGAACUGCUGGAAAAGGAUACGCGGGAAGCGCGGAAGAGGGGGAGAGAAGAGACAGCGAGAGAGGACGCAGACAUCUACGCGUCAUGUCCGGAAGCGCUGCUCGAGGAGAUGCCAGACGGCUCCAAAAUCCGGUCCGCGCUCCAGCGCCCCGUCCUCGGAGUCCUCGUCGGUGACACUUACUUCAUCAAAGUCACGAACGAAGACGCUGCGUUCAUCAUCGGCCGCGGCGGCAGCACAAAAAAGAAAAUCGCGGGCGUCUCUGGAUGCAGGGUCGAACUCGAAGACAACGGUCUUCGUCUGGAUGUGACGGGGACUGAGGAGCAGAGAGAACGAGCUCUGCUGUACAUUCGCCUCAUCAUGCAGCAGCGGCUCGGACCUGUGCGGUGGAACAGCGAGAGGAACGACAUGUGUACGGAGGGCGUCGCGCGGCUGUUUCCGCUGCAGGACGAGGAGGCGGACGCGAAGAAGGCGCCUCGCAAAGACUUGACGGUUCUGGAGAUCCCCAGCGAAGCCGUAGCGUACGUGACUGGAAGCAAUGGACAGGUCCUCCGCAGAAUCGAAGAUGAAUGGCGUACGCUCAUGUUCUUCACACAGCAGGAGCGCGGCGCGGGCAAGGGUGCAGCUGCACAAACAGCUGCGAAGCGCAGUGGGCGCCGCGCGGAAGCCGACGAGAAGGACGCCCCAGACGCGAAGGACGCCCCAGACGCGAAGGACGCAGAGACAGGAGCUGGCGAACACGGCAAGGACGCUGCACCGGUCGGCGGGAAAAUGGAGGAACUCCUCAUCUUCGGAAGCGAGCGGAGUCGUGUGGGGGCGAGCUUGAAGGUGAUGAGCGCCGUCGACCAAAAACUCCGCGGCUUCUACACGCGGCGCCUGACGGCCGCACUGGCGCUGCGCGAAGAAGCGAGGCGCCAGAGUGCAUGCAGCCGGCGAGCCUCUGCGGAGCAGGGAGAGCGCGAAGGCGGAAGGGAGGCCGCGCCUCGCGACGAAGAGAAGGAAGAAAUGGAGGACGCAGCAGAGGCAGAGGCAACGGAAGUCAAGGGAGAGAAGGAAGAAGUGAAGGACGAGAUGGAAGACGCAGCGGAGAAGGACCGAGAGAAGGAGGCAGAGGAGAAGGAAGGAAAGGAGUUGGAAAAAGUGAAUGGAGACGACGGAGAGGCAGACGCGAAGAGCUCAACAGACAGAGGCGACGUAUUCGGGGAAAUUCUUUUGACGACGACGCUGGAGGACAUCUGCGCGCCCGACCAGAGCUUCUGGGAUACGCUCCGGGAAGCGAACUUGGAGGAGCAGAAAGAAGAGUCCACACGCAUUCUCGUGGACAUCAUCAAAAUCGAAGAUCGACAUUUCUCCUACUGUCUUGGCCGAGAAGGAAAAACUCGACGGAAACUCGCGUCAGCUGCUGGGUGCAUGCUCGAAUACAUCGGCCGCUUCGCUUUCGCCGCAGGGACCCUCGCGGAGCGACGCCGAGUGCAGGAGUACCUUGCCUGGUUGGUGCGUCAGAGAGAGAAGCCGAUUUUCCUCAGCGACAUUUGCAGAGACGGCGAGUUCAGACCGGACUUAACUGUGAUGGACAUUCCGAGGGAGAAGGCGGCACUCGUGACUUGGCGACAAGGCAACGCCCUGCGCGACGUCGAAGAGAGAACAGGAACUUUCUGCUUCUUUGAAGGGAGAAGAGGGGGGAAGCCUGGCGCUGGGUCCUUGGGCUCUGCGAGUGAGGGGAGGAAGAAGGAGAGACUUUUGAUUUUUGGGACUUCCGCGGAAGGUCGCAACCAGGCAGUCCUCUUGGUGCGUCGACUCUUGGGCGUCUGCGGCGAGAGAGGCCGACGCGGUGAGCCGAGAAUGCUGUUCCAGAAUCCUCCCUUCUUCGAGCCGUUCCAGCCGGCGCCUGCUGCGCUCCCGUUCUUCCCGUCCGAAGAAGGCCUUCUGCCUCCAGGGCCUUUGGGCCGCCGCAACAUGGGUCUGCCGAUGCCUUUUCUGGAGACUCCUCGGAUCUUGCCGGGUCCGCAUGCUUCGCGGGUUCCGGUGAAUUUGUUGCCGCCGCGCAUGUCUCUGCUGGGUCGGCAGAAAGUUCCAGCCGCGAUGCCUCUGCUGCCUGGCGACGGGGUGCCUCGAGCUCUGUCCCCGCGCCGCGCGGCGUUCGAGCCUUCGCUGCUCCUCGCCCCCCCCUUCGGCGCUGGGCUCUUCCCCGGCGCCGACGACCGCGUGGAGGCUACGGGAUCGCGGCGCAGCUGGCGCGGCGCGUCGCCGGAGCGAACGAAGCGCUCGCAUUCUUCUCGCUUCGGCCCGUACGGCGCCGCGUCUGGGCGCGUCUUGGCUCGCGGGGAAGAAGACUUCUUCGAGGCCGAGAGAGGCCUUCUGCGGGAGGCCCCCGACGUUCGCGGCUUGCGGGGGGUGUUCGGAGAAGGCGGCUACAGAGACGACGAAGGGUACUUGCGUCGAGGCGGUUCGUCUCUGGGAGGCAGAGCCUCGUUCCUCCCCACAGUCCUGCCGGCGCCUUCUUUCGAACUGCCGCACGGUCACGAGAGCGGGUGCGGCGCGUACGCAGCAGCUGCCGGGGACCAAGAGUUUGCGAGGCGAAGUUUGACAGGAAAAGCAUCGUCGCAGAAAGGCGCGUACGGAGGUGUCAACCGCGAACGCGAAAAGGAGAUUCUCAGGGGUCUCAGCCGCGAAGAGGAACGCCGAGCAGCGUACCUCGGCGAGAGCGAGGGCGACUGGGCAGGUCGCUCCAGGUACGAUGACCGCGAGAAGUGUAUGUACACCCGAGACCGGUUCGGAGGACGCGGCGAGGAACUGCGCGAAGGAUACCCUCACGAGAGACGGGGAGAAGGGAGUCGCCGGAAGGAAGAGCGCCGGCGCGGAGACGAGGGAACUCGGCGUCACGAAGAGGACGAGAGCCGCCGCAGAGACGAGGAAACGCGGAGGAACGACGAGAGAAGAAAAGACGAACGCAGUCGGCGCGACGAGUACUUCUUUGCGCACACAGGCACGCAUGCAGCGCUGGCGGCCUCGGGGUUCGACGGCAAAUCCGAAGGGGGCCGCAGCCGCUACGAGGACGAGGCCUUUCUCAGGGGGCGCGGCGGCGCCGGUGAAGUUGUGGGGAAGAAUGGAGGCGGCCUCUACGGCCGUGACGACCGGCGGGAGAAGCCAGAGGGCGACGCGAGUCGGAGACGCUACGCAGAGGACGACGAGUUUCCUCGCGGACACAAGCCGUAUCGUCACUACCGCGAAGAAGAGGACGUCGAGCGCAGUCGCGAGAACGAACGACAAGAAGAUGAGAGACCUUCGAAACGCCGGACCAACACCCUCGCGGAGGACUGUGAGCGAAGCGAAAGAGCAGAGCGCAGGCGCGACGAGACUCGCCACCACGGGUACGCGGCAGAGACUGAAGAGGGCGGCUUCGGUAUUCUUCCUCGCGACGAAAGAGGGCCGCGCAGCCGACGAGGUUUGGACCGAGAAGGCCAUGCCGCGGCGUACGACCGCGCGGACUCCGAAGUCGGCGGGGGUCUCGCGUCCGCGGCGGGUGGGCGCCGGAGACCAGACGAGCGGGGGUCGUACCACAGUGGCGAUCGAGGACGAGAAAACGAAAGACGCGACGAAGAGUACACGAGUCCCCAGAUGACCGCUUGUGACUACCUGCCGCGGCGUCGAGGCGAGGAAGGCGCUGUGCUCGCGGGAUCUUUCGGGGGAUCCGCAGGGCCUUACGCCGGGGCAGGCCCCGAGGAGAGACAGGGGCGACGCCGGUCUCGGUCCCCCGGUGGCGGACCGUACUUUGUGGGGUAUGGAGGCUACUCCACGCGGACAUCUUCGGCGCAAAACGCGCCUUCUGCCCACAUCUACGCAGAGCGGAGCGGCGAGAGAGACAGGCGACGCAGAGAGAGAGAGGAUGAGGCGCUCGGGCGAGAGGCGGGCCGCGAGGAAGGUCGAGAGGAGAUGGCGAGGAGAAAGGACGAGGACAGAUGCCGCACAACUGCAGUCGGCCGCAGAGAUCGAACCGACUACGCCGGACGCGGGGAGGAAGAGCGGAGAGAAGUGGAAGCGACGGGGUACGAGCAGAGGCAUCGCGGCUACCGAACGGCGCGAGAUGACCGCGUCUAGAAGAGAAAUAGGAAGACGGAGAGUUCUAGGGGGGAAAGCGAACGGAAAGGAGAGUUCCGCCGAGAGACGGCGUAGGGAAGAACGAAUGAGGGGGAGAACAACAGGGACGACAGCGUCCGGGGGAAGGAGUGUCUUGGGUUUUCGAGACAUUGCCGCGAUUAGGUGGACGAAUCAGUUUUUUCUCAAAGCACUCGGGGAAGCUCUGUACUGCCUUUCCUGCGAUUUUUUCGAUAAAAGAACUGUGAUCUUCCGUUGCGUGUGUCUUCUCUCCGAGAGAGCUGCUUGCACAGGGGAAGGCGCGGCUUCCAUAGAGCGUCGUGGAUGCCCUUCCGUGUUGUAGCCUAAAGAGCUCGCGAUUCCCCCAUGCAGUUCCCCAGAGAAUUUUUUUGACUUUCUCCACGAUAGAGUGGAAAGCAACGAUUGCUGUGUCUUUCUUUUCUUCGAUACGUUUUUGCUUGGCUAGCAGAAAGACUCCCUGUCGGGUCGAGAGACAGUCUGCACGGAAACGCAGAGAAGAAUGGAAGCCGCGGCACUGGUCCCAAACUGAAGUUGCAGAGGUGUAGGGGUACUUCUUUCUCAGCGGAUGCGUAGGUCUGCCUGCACAACACAGGGAUUUUUCUUUUCUCGAGUCGCACGUUCUGGCGAAGUAUCAACGCGCAGCAUGCGGUUUAGAGCUGAGAAAGCGUCUUGCGGCCGUCUCGGCUGGCGUCCACGCGGUUUCGAGCACCUCACAGUGCCUUCGGGGCUGUCCUUUUCUGUUCUUGCAAAAUGUCUGUGCGGGUGUACGAGGGCAUUGCGUAGCUUGCACUCUCGUCGCUUGGCAUUCUUCCGCUUCCAUGGCAGCGGCGCCUCGCGGAAAUGUCAAGAACGGCGCAGCGUAUGAUCAACUUCAGCGUCCCGUUUGCUAGACGGCAAGUCAGGGGGUCCUCCAAAAGCUGGAGGGGAGUACGAACGAGCGGCUUGUCUCGCGCAAAAGAUCCACGGAUUGUCCUGCCUGUGCGUCUACGAACGCUGGUUGUCGAAAACACCCGUCACGAGCGACGGUCGAGAAAGUGCAGGGAUAACUGUCAGACCACGUUGAGGUGGAAAAGAAACGUUUCACGUGUUGACAACUUCCUAGCGAUGUCUCGAUGCGGCGGUGGGACAGCCUUCGUGAAUUUGACGUCCGGCGUAACUCAAUUUGCCUUGGUUGCAAAGUGUCGUUAAGACUGCCUCCAUUUCUUUUGCCUCUACUUCGCAUUCAAACUUUACGGUCUCGCUUACUUAGAUUCGUUGUAGGAGGAAAGCAGGGAAUCGAGCCUUUGAUGUAAAAUCGAAUCAUGCAGCAAACUCGCAGAUUGGUACUUCAUUCGUCCCAGAACGCGCAGGGGGAUGCGUUGCCGUUUGAAACUCGAAGAGUGGGUGUCCACUGUGAUUCCGACAAGACACAAGAGAUCGUGGGGUCGUCGAUGACCUCUUCGUCGCGUUCCGCUUCUUCAAAAGAUACUUUUUAUAAGCGACGACGAGACUCUUCACUGCCGGUAGCGGGCAGACCGGUUCGACCGUCGUGCCAGAUGCCAGUCGCAGGGGACAAAGUUCGUGCUUGAUUCGAGCUGCGUGAUUGCCGGAGCCGCGUUUUUAUGGACCCUUUUUAGCGUUUGUUCGAGUGCUAGACUCCUGAAACAGAGCAUUUUACGCAAAGUCUGUGACCGUCGCUUAUUACUGUGAGAGUAGAGCAAAGUUACGAGGGAUGUCCUGCCUGAGCCACGAAACCUCUGCGUCCACGUCUGAAGCGCGUAAUCCCACGUACAUAAGUGAGGCUUUUACCCUUUCACAGACGCCGUCGUCCGGCUUGCCUGAUUUUUACGCUACCGUCUUGAAGGCUCUGGCACAGAAGGGCACACACGCCCUUGUUCCUGGACUUGUGCACUUUCCACCGUGAACCAAAGACCACG